AUGGACUUCCUGAAGUUGACAAAGGAGAGGCUGAAUGUGGGUGACGUGAGUGAUCUCGUGGCGAAUGAGGGCUGUGGAGCGAUUUCCCUCUUUGUCGGCACCACUCGAGACAACUUUGAAGAUAAGAAGGUCGUCUCGUUGGAGUACGAAGCCUACGAACCGAUGGCCCUGAAGACAAUGAAGAAGAUUUGCCAGGAUAUUCGCUCGCGCUGGCCUCAAGCCAGGAAUAUCGCAAUUCACCACCGCCUUGGCGAGGUGGCGGUCAAGGAGGCGAGCGUGGUGAUCGCCAUCAGUUCGCCACAUCGCAAGGAUGGCAUCGAGGCCACGGCGUUCGCCAUUGAGGAGCUGAAGAAGCAGGUGCCGAUCUGGAAGAAGGAGCAGUACGACCAGGCUCAAGUCAAGCCUAGAAAGCGCCCGGCGGGAAAGCUCGAUUUCCGCGAGUGUCCUGUUGUCGGUGUCGAUGUGCCCAAGCAUUUGGUGCAGAUUAACACAGAUCACGAAGAGAUUCAGCGUCGCAUCGGCAUGUUUAUCGAGCGAAAGCGAGAAGAGAUCAAUACGAGCAAUGUGGAGGAUUUUAUCGAAGGAGACGUUUCGGAAUCAUCGGCUCGCGUGAAGUGUGCACUCUUUCGGGUUAAGGACUCCAAAGGACACUUGCAAGUUCGUCGCGUGAAGAAUGAACACGGACCGCAAACUUUACGCGAGAACUAUAAAAAUGUCUUCAACAAGCUUCAAGAGCGCGCCUCUGAUGGAGGCUCACCUUCUAAAAGUGAUAAUCUGCGCAGAGAUUUCGGGAUUAGCGAGCGCUUGACAAGCAUGGAAAGUCACUUGAAGGUCUCUUCAUCUUCUGAGAGUUCUGAGAGCAAGAAAAUGUCUGAGUGUGUUUUUGAGCGCAUCAAGGCACUGGAGAACAGAAUACUAUACCUGGAGUCCAUUUCACCUGAGUACAUACACUUCCUGGAGAGGCCGGCCAAGAAGUCAGGAACAGUUCGCGAAGGAGUGAGAAAGAGAAAAUACUCAAUUCAAUGUAUUGACGAUUUUAUCAAUGAACUCGAGGAAACAUGAAUGUUUCGUGAA